AUGGAAGACAAACCAGUGGUAGUAUCCAGACAGAAGACAGAAGUGGUUUGUGGCUUGCUCACCCAGGUGAUCUGCACAGCCUUCAGCAGCCACAUCCUGGUUGUGGUGACCCAGUUCAGGAAGAUGAGUACACUAGUCUCCUUGGAGCCCAGCAAUGUGGCCAAUGACAUCAGCAAGUCGAUGCUGACCACAAAAGUCCUCCUCGGGCAGGACGAGCCUCUCAUCCAUGUCUUUUCGAAGAACCUGGUAGCGUUUGUGUCUCAAGAAGCAGGAAACAGAGCCGUCCUCCUGGCCCUGGCUGUGAAGGACAAGAGCAUGGAGGGCCUGAAGGCCUUGAAGGAGGUGAUCCGGAUGUGCCAGGUGUGGUGACCUGAAGUCAGCAGGACGUGACAGUCAGA